AAAAGUCUCUGCGUCGUGACGUCAUUGCGCACCGCGAGAGAGACGAGCAGCGAUGGCGGCGUCCAGGGAGCUCGCCGUGCAGGACCUGCAGCAGUGGAAGGAGAAGGAUUUGAAGAAGCGGCGCAAGCUGCAGACGAGGAGGAAGGCGGAGAAGCGGCCCGAGUACGUCGUGGAGCAGGAGGCCAUCGCCAAGCUCACCGACAAAUACGCGCAGAUCAAUGUAGCGGACGUUGUGAAGUUUUCCGAUUUCCCGCUGUCCAAGAAGACGCUUAAAGGUCUGCAGAACGCGGAGUACCGCUUACCGACGGAGAUCCAGCGCAGGACGGUGGGGCUGGCGCUACAAGGCCAAGACGUCCUUGGAGCAGCCAAGACCGGAUCCGGCAAAACCCUCGCCUUUCUCAUCCCGGCUCUGGAGUGCCUCUACCGGAAGCAGUGGACGGCAGACGAUGGUCUGGGCGUGCUCAUCAUCUCCCCAACGCGGGAGCUCGCCUUCCAGACCUUCGAGGUCCUGCGCAAGGUUGGCAAGUACCACGAGUUCUCAGCGGGCCUCAUCAUCGGGGGCAAGGACGUGAAGGAGGAGUCGGAGAGGAUCCAUCGGACCAACGUCAUCAUCUGCACGCCGGGGCGGCUGCUGCAGCACAUGGACGAAACGAGCUACUUCUAUGCCAACAACCUCCAGCUGCUCGUUCUGGACGAGGCUGACCGCAUCCUGGACCUCGGCUUCGCGGUGACGGUGAACGCGGUGGUGGAGAACCUCCCGGCCAGCCGGCAGACGCUGCUCUUCUCUGCCACGCAGACCAAGUCUGUGCGCGACCUCGCACGGCUCAGCCUGCGCGACCCCGCCUACGUGUGGGUGCACGAACAGGCCAAGUACAGCACCCCAGCCACCCUGGAGCAGAACUACGUGGUGUGUGAGCUCCACCAGAAGGUGAACAUGCUCUACUCCUUCAUCAAGAGCCACCUCACCAAGAAGGUCAUCGUCUUCUUCUCCAGCUGCAAGCAGGUGCAGUUCCUGUUCCAUGCUUUCUGCCGCCUGCGGCCAGGAAUGCCCAUCCUGGCACUGCACGGCAAGCAGCAGCAGAUGAAGAGGAUGGACGUGUACCAGGACUUCUGCCGCAAGAAGUCGGCCGCCCUCUUCGCCACCGACAUCGCUGCUCGAGGCCUCGAUUUCCCGGCUGUCAGCUGGGUGCUGCAGUUCGACUGCCCUGAGGACGCCAGCACCUACAUCCACCGCGCGGGGCGCACAGCCCGGUACCAGGAGGAUGGCGAGGCGCUGCUCAUGCUGCUGCCCUCUGAGGAGGCCGGCAUGGUGAAGCAGCUGCAGGAGCGCAAGGUGCCCAUCAACAAGAUCCGGGUGAACCCGGAUAAACUGAAGGACGUGCGUGGAAAGCUGGAGGGGUUCCUGGCGCAGGAGAAGGAACUGAAGGAGCGGGCGCAGCGGUGCUUCAUGUCGUACAUCCGUGCCGUCUACCUCAUGAAGAACAAGGAGGUGUUCGAUGUCACUCGACUGCCGCUACCGCAGUACGCACUGUCUUUGGGACUUGCCGUGGCUCCCCGCAUCCGCUUCCUGCAGAGGGAAGCGCAGCAAAGGAGGGCAGCCGCCGCAAAAGGGUCCGCCCAGUGCACGCUGGGAACGGAGGGCCCCAGCACGAAGGCCGCGCCGCAGCGGAGAGCGGCAGAAGAAGGGGCGUCCGACUCGGAGACGGAGCUGAACACGUUCCGCGAGCACCUGCGGCAGGGGGCGGAGCGGGGCCACUCGGCGAGGGGCGGCCCAGCCACCACCACCACGACGGCGCCGCCGCAAGACUCCUCCUCGUCCAGCGAAGAGGAUGAGAAGGAAGGGGGUGACACGGAGGAGGACGAUGAAGAGGCAGUCGACGCUGCCCGUCCACCAAAGUUCUCGUUGGGUCAGGAGGAGGAGGAGGAGGACGACGACGACGAAGAGGGCGCGGAGCUGCUGAGCGUGAAGCGGCGCGACGUGUUUGGGGUGCGGGGGGCGUCGCAGGCGACGGACGACGUGGAGGACGAGGUGGAUGACGAGGUGGCAUCGCAGAAGAAGGAGCGGAGGGCCGGCGGCGGCGGCAGUGGCCGUAACAGCCGCGUGCGCGAGGCCAAGCGCGUGCUCAAAAAGAAGCUGAAAGUGAACACUCGCGUCCUGUUCACCGACGAGGGCGAGAAGGUGCAGGCCUGGCCGCCGAUGCAGAGUAUGGCUGCGCUUGACGACGAUGAGGACCCCGACGACGAUGGGGGGCCGGGAGGCAUCGACGUGCAACAAGCGCGGAAGCGGCUGCACCGGGAGGACAAGGUGGACAAGGAGCUCUACCGGGAGAAGAUCAAGAAGAAGCACAGGGAACAACGACUGAGAGCCAAGGAGGAACGCAGAGCGCUGAGCAAGCGUGGACGCAACAAGGAUGAGGAGGGCACCGCUGUCCUCGGCCGCAGCGACGACAGCGACGAUGAGAGAGAGGACUUUGACCCCAGCACCCUGCCUGACCCCGACAAGUACCGCGAUGAGGAGGGGGAGAAACGUGGAGUCGCCGAGGAGGGCGACAGCUCGUCGCAGGAGAGCGGCGAGGAUGGUGGAGAGCCAAAGACGCCAAUGGCGACGAGCAGGGACCGCCGCGGCAUGGCCCCUCUCUGCAAGCGGCGACGGGCACAGUCGAACGACGACGAUGAUGAUGAUGCUGGCGGGAGGGUGAUGGACACGGGGCUGUCUCUGGCCGAAGACGAGGAACUUGUGCUGCACCUGCUCCGCCAGUAGAGGCCGAGUGACCACGCAGCGGAGCCUUUUGUCGGCACGGCGGGGACGUAUGGCCAGGAGAUGGACUCGAGCGAAGGCCGAUCACUGAACACAUCAACAUCAAUAAUAAUUUUACAAUUUAUAUUUUUGGGUUAGGCCAUGUACUGGAAUGAUCUGGUCCAAUUUGUUGCAUAACUCUUGACCACCCAACGAUUUAAACGGUCACAUGAUGUACAAGCGUUGAACGAUGCGCCAAUUAUUAUUGAUUCCGCUAGAGUUGAAGACCGGAAUUCUGGCAAAGUCUUUGUGGCCUUAACCCAAAACUAUAUUAGAAAUGGUAAUAUUGGCUGUGAAAACCUCUGCGUUAAGUAAACAAUAAUUGGAACGUAUGGGUUGUCUACAUGCAAUCGCAUUUUUGAGACCCUUAACUUAAACAACAUAGUUGAUCAAAAAAACUACGUUCGGGUGGCAGGCGGUGUCGGUGGGGAGGGAGGGAGCCAGGGCAGGAAAACACGGGAAGGAGGGCGACACCGUGGCACUGCGACCAUGAGCCCAACAAGAACCACAACGACGAGCCCCUUGGGCAACCAGGGCAGUGCCAAUGAUCCCCCCAAGGGUAUCCAAAGGGGACCAUUGUACCAUUACAAGAAAUGUUACAGUAUCAUUUGGAUCCGUAAAGCAUCUAAUGAUUAAUAAUGUAUUUUAUUUGUAAUGUCUAUUUAUCCAGGAAGCCUCGCGGGCUCUCAACAAGUGUGAGAGUUGUGUUGUACUCCGUGUGGGAGGGGAUCCGGAAACCCCCUCGGUGAAUGCGACGUGUCCUCGAGGCGCUGAGGAGUCCCAGCGUCCAAAAUCCUCCCUGCACUCACACCUGCCUACAUGCCCCCCCUCUCAUCUCUCUCUACUCCCCUCUACACACUCGCUUACCCCUUCUGUCCUACUACACUUCACUCAAUCCUACCCCUCCCCUCUCAUUCUACUCACCUCCAACACUCUCCUACCCCUCCACUCUCAUCUCACUCUGCUCCCCUUCACACACUCUACUACCCCUCCCCUCUUGCCCUACUACCCUCAACAUUCUCCUACCCCCUCAUCUUUUCUCAGUGGGAGGUCGCUCAUUCUCCUCUGCUGUCCCCAGUCUGGAAAUCCCUUCCCCAAGCCAUCUAUGCUAUCGACUCCCUGUUUAUGUCCAGGUCCAAGACUAUCCCCUUUUCUCUCCGCCUAUGAUCGACUGCCUCUCCCAAACAUAUAAGCUAACUUACUUUCUGUAUUGUCUUGAGAUGCGGUUACAUGCAGAUGCCGCUAUGCUAAUUCUUUCAGUAAAAUGACUUCUGACAUUCAUGAUACAUCAGUUGAAUCAUACUUGCAAUCAUCAUUAUUUCGCAAUGAAUAUGCAGUGUGAGGAGCCGGUGGAGCACUGCGCCAUGAACACGACGACCUGUGUUAAUUACCCAGCCAUGGCUGACAUCAGUGGCAAGUGACUUCCGAACCGGUCCUGAAUCUCGUCUCCCUUCGCCAGCCUGCACUGAUUAGUGCGGUCAAGCAUCGUCAAAACAACCCUCAUGACCGACAGUUGUAGAGGCCUUCAUCCAGCAGUGGAUUGAGAAAUGGUAAUUUUUAUAUUACGAAUAUAAUCUUGUACGUUUACACCAUUGUAUAUUUUAUACGUUUAUGUAACUAUUGCAGAUUCAACUCAAUAGAAAAAAUAAAUAUGAAUUUGUGA